GCUCCAAUCGAGGUUGGGUGAGCUCCGAGUCGGAACCGGAUUCCAAAUUCAACUUCGUCCCAUCUACAGCUUAGGCAUCUACUACUUAUAGAGCCUUCACUUCUAGGGAAACUUCUCAUCAUCGUAGUAAAAAUGGCCCCUAAAGCAAUCAUCGCCCCGUCAAUCCUGUCGGCAGACUUUGCCAACCUCGGUGCUGAUUGCUCGAGGACGAUUGAGCAGGGCGCCGACUGGCUCCAUGUCGACAUCAUGGACGGCCACUUCGUCCCAAACCUCACCUUCGGCCCGCCCGUCGUCGCCAAGAUCCGCUCUCACGUCGAUAAGCCGACCGAGGGCCACGGCAAGGGCACCUUUGACUGCCACAUGAUGAUCGCCGAGCCCAAGAAAUGGGUCAAGGAGUUCAAGACCGCCGGCUGCGACCUGUACUGCUUCCACUACGAGGCCGCGGUGAACUCGACGGCCGCCGAGAGCCCCGAGGCCCACUCGGAGCUUAAGACGUCGCCGCGCGAGCUGAUCCGCUACAUCCACGAGCAGGGCAUGCUGGCCGGCAUCGCCAUCAAGCCCGCCACCAAGGCCGACGUGCUGUACGAGGUGCUGGACAGCCCCGACCAGGCCGAGAGGCCCGAUAUGGUGCUAGUGAUGACCGUCGAGCCCGGGUUUGGCGGGCAGAAGUUCAUGGCCUCGGAGCUGCCCAAGGUGCAGGCGCUACGGGAGCGGUACCCAGAGCUGAACAUCGAGGUGGACGGUGGGUUGGGGCCGGGCACCAUCGACCAAGCGGCGGAUGCGGGAGCGAAUGUUAUUGUUGCGGGGAGCGCCGUGUUCGGGGCCAAGGACCCCGCCGGCGUCAUUGCCCUGCUGCGGGAGGCCGUCGACAAGAGGGCUGGGAAGUUAUAAAUGGGGGAUAUAUAUAUUGCAUGUUGAAUGGUGCGGGAUUUGGUUGUUGAUAGAGAUACCUGGUGCAGCGGUGCGACUAAAUACAUGUUCAAGGCAAACCAUUGUGUA